AUGGCGGGUCCCCGUUCCACGAUGAAAUUUUGGAAGCCGGGGUCCGAAGCACCCGGGAUUUCUGAGGAACGUGAGCUCAACACCGAGAUCACCGGCUCCACCGCUGUCUACAAUCCCUUUAUUUCACUUUCAAUAGAGAAGCAACGACAGAAACUACCAGUUUUCAAGCAUAGAAACAACAUCCUGUACUUGCUGGAAACCUUUCAGACUGUCAUUAUAGUUGGGGAAACUGGAUGUGGGAAGACAACACAGAUCCCCCAGUACCUGCUGGAGGUCGGCUGGGCAGCAGAAGGGAAGGUGAUUGGUGUGACACAGCCUCGACGCGUAGCUGCUAUCUCUGUAGCCAGUCGUGUUGCAGAAGAGAGAGGUGCUCGGUUAGGACAUGAGGUAGGAUACACUAUUCGAUUUGACGACUGCUCUGACUCUCAAGCUACAAGGAUCAAGUUCCUUACAGAUGGUAUUUUAAUACGGGAAAUGAUGGCUGAUCCCCUGCUCAAAAAAUACAGUGUGUUGAUGCUGGAUGAAGCGCAUGAGAGAACCCUGUACACAGACAUAGCCAUUGGCCUGCUGAAGAAGAUCCAGAAGAAACGUCCAGAACUGAGGCUGAUUGUGGCUUCUGCCACUCUGGAUGCCAAGAAAUUUCACGAGUUCUUCAACCAGAAUGAAUCCGGAGAUCCCAAUAGGGACACAUGUGGUAUCCUAACUGUUGAGGGACGCACUUUCCCAGUGGAUAUAUUUUACACGCUCAGUCCUGUACCUGACUAUGUGAAGGCCACAGUGGAGACUGUGAUGAAGAUACAUGAGGCAGAGGAUGCUGGGGAUGUACUGGCGUUCCUUACCGGCCAGGAAGAAGUAGAAAAGGUGGUGUCCCUUCUACAGGACCAGGCCAGGUCUAUGUCACGACAAGGCAUGAGGAAACACCUGCGAAUUUUGCCAAUGUAUUCCGGUUUACCUUACGCUGACCAGAUGAAGGUUUUUGAGCGGGUGCCAGCUACAGUUCGCAAAGUGGUGGUGGCCACUAACAUAGCUGAGACCUCUAUCACCAUCAAUGGUAUCGUUUUUGUCAUUGACUGUGCUUUUGUGAAGCUCCGUGCGUAUAACCCCAACACUGGCAUUGAGUCACUGGUGGUGACUCCUAUCUCCAAGGCUUCAGCAAGCCAAAGGGCAGGGAGGGCUGGCCGUAACCGACCUGGAAAAUGCUUUAGACUCUACACAGAGGAAGACUUCGAGAAACUGCCUCCCUCUACUGUGCCAGAGAUGCAGCGCACUAACUUGGCCCCGGUUAUCUUGCAGCUUAAAGCUUUAGGGAUUGACAAUGUGCUGCGAUUCAGCUUCCUUUCUCCACCUCCAGCUCAGUCUAUGGUUCAGGCUCUAGAGCUUCUUUUCGCUCUCGGAGGUCUAGACAAUUAUGGACGUUUGACUGAGCCGAUGGGCGUGCGGAUGGCUGAGUUCCCACUUAGCCCCAUGUUUGCUAAGAUGCUUCUAGAGUCAGGCAACUUUGGCUGCUCCAAAGAGAUUGUGACCAUUGCAGCAAUGAUGCAGAUUCAGAAUAUCUUUGUUGUACCCCCCAAUCAAAAGAAAGCAGCGGCCCGUGAGCACAGAAAGUUUGCUGUUGCUGAAGGGGAUCACCUCACCAUGCUGAAUGUGUAUGAAGCUUACAUAAAGCACCAGAAGAGCUCCAAGUGGUGUCAGCAGCAUUUUCUCAAUUACAAAGGACUGCAGCGUGCCGUGACGGUACGAGAGCAGCUGCGGCGUCUCAUGACCAAGUUCAAGGUGGUGUGGACUUCCAGCGAAGGUGAUCCUGAUGUGAUCUUACGGUGCAUUGUGUCUGGGUUUUUUGCCAAUGCGGCACGCUUUCACCACUCUGGUUCCUAUCGGACUUUGCGAGACGAUCGUGAGCUUCACAUCCACCCAAACUCUGUCUUGUAUGGAGAGAAGCCACCCAAAUGGGUUGUCUUCAAUGAAGUGUUGCAGACCAGCAAGUACUUCAUGCGAGAUGUGACUGCAGUGGAGUCUUCCUGGCUGGUUGAGUUGGCCCCUCACUUCUACAAGCAGGCUAAACAUGAUUCACUUGGGAGCAAGCGAUCCCGCAUCCUCUAG